UAGCAGGUGCCGGCAUGCACUGCUGGGCCCGAGCCUGGAGGGUCCUCCGUGGGGGGCUCGGUUCCCCAACUCCCAGCUUCUCCAGGGCACCUGUCGCCCUCAGCAGCAGCAGCAGCAGCACACGAGAACACUCCGAGUCGAGGCCUCUGCCACUGUCCUACAAGCUUCUGGACGGGGAGGCGGCCCUCCCGGCUAUCGUCUUUCUGCAUGGGCUCUUCGGCAGCAAAACCAAUUUCGCCUCCAUCGCCAAGGCGGUAGCCCAGCAGACAGGCCGAAGGGUGCUGACUGUGGAUGCUCGGAACCACGGUGACAGCCCCCACAGCCCAGAUGCCAGCUACGAGGCCAUGAGCCAGGAUCUGCAGGACCUCCUGCCCCAACUGGACCUGGUCCCCAGUGUCCUUAUUGGCCACAGCAUGGGAGGAAAGACGGCCAUGCUGCUGGCACUGCAGAGGCCAGAGCUGGUGGAGCGUCUAAUUGCCGUGGACAUCAGCCCAGUGGCGACCUCGUCUGUCUCACACUUUGUGACCUUCAUAACAGCCAUGAAGGCCAUAGACAUCCCGGAUAAGAUGCCCCGCUCCCAUGCCCGAAAACUGGCGGAUGAGCAACUCAGACCCAUUGUCCAGGACUUGACUGUGCGGCAGUUCCUGCUCACCAAUCUGGUGGAGGCAGACGGGCACUUUUCAUGGAGGGUGAACUUGGAUGUCUUGGCCCAGCACCUGGACAAGAUCAUGGCCUUCCCACAGCAACAGGAACCCUACUCUGGGCCAACCCUCUUCCUCCUCGGUGGAAACUCCCAAUAUGUACAGCCCAGCCACCACUCUGAGAUUAGGCGACUUUUUCCUCGGGCCCAGAUGCAAACCGUGCCUAAUGCUGGCCACUGGGUCCACGCUGACUGCCCACAGGACUUCAUGGCUGCCAUCCAAGGCUUCUUGGCCUAAGAGUUGCUGUGCCCUCUUCCUGCAUCCUGCCCUAUGUUCCCACACAGAAGGACUCAGGAGGGUGCUGAGUGGGCACAAAAAUGCAGAGGCAGGCAGACUACUAGUUUUAAUGAAUAAAGACAGU